AUGGCUGAGGCUAUGCCGUUAUCGAAACGACACCCCGGCGUAUAUGCCCGAUCAGUGUCUGUCUAUCCGAGCUGCGCACCAUUCAAGAAAAUUUUUGUAGGAUGGCAUGGCUGUCCAAGGUGGAAGAUUCCCGCACUGAAGGCGGCUACAUUGGCUCAGAAGAAGGGCCAUCUGGUGAAGAUAAGGAGUACUUACCUUCUAUGUCGCCGUCGUGUGUUUCCAAUGCUAAAACGACGGCGUCUAUCGGAAUCUGCUCGAUACUACGAAGGCGAAGGCAGCACCGUCUCGUGCACAGCGUUUGUUCAUGUCAUGGAAAGAGUCGAUGGGAGCGUAUACGUGCGGUUUUGUCUGGAACAUGCCGGACACACGCCAUCCGAUCAGAUGAGAAUGUCUCCACGUGCGUCACGAAUGAGACGAAAGAGGUCGAAUCUGAAACGAUCGUCACUCAGCUUGAGCGACAGCGGCACAGACAUGACUGAAGACGCCAUGAUUAGUGCGCCACUGACGGUCAUUAAAGACGCGGAAAUGAUGUGUACAGAUGUGAUUGAAGACAAUAACAACGUUAACCGGAAGAAAAAGGGCGAAACCGCUCCAGAUGUUGAAUUCGACACGUCGGCUUUGAACUCGCAAAUCACUCAACGACUUGAUUCUACCACAGAUCGAUUGAAAGUCAUCACUCAGGUUCUUGCCGAUCUAGCCGUUGAUAUCCAUGCUUUCAAGGACCGGCAAUGCGCCAUAAUGAUCUGA